GGUCCCGCCCGCUUACUGGGUGCCAGCGGCACUAAGGCGAGCACAAGCCACAUCCGCCAAGCGCCGCUAGGAAGCGAGCUCGACUUUCUCUUCACGAACGACGUUCCAUCAACCCUUCCUGCACCAACAGCCCGCAAACUCUGCGCGAGCCCACGUACCUCGACCGCGGUCGAGCAGCUCCGUUUCCUUCCUCAUGGACGUCGGAUGAGGUGAUAGAGCCUCUGCUUCAUCAUGAGCUCAUCCACUGUUUCCGUCUCGGCUGCGACGCCAACCCAACACCCUUUCCAGAGGAAGAUUGACGAUGUCAAACCCUCGAAGACUGACAUUAAUUUUGUCGUCAUGGACUACCUGGUCAGCGAGGGAUAUCCCCGAGCUGCAGAGAAGUUCGCCAAAGAAGCGAACAUCCUGCUCCCCUCUGAAGAGGAGUCCAUCCAGUCUCGCGUAGAAAUACGACAGGCUAUCCACGCUGGCGACAUUGACACUGCCGUCACCAAGAUCAAUGAUCUGAACCCUCAGAUCCUUGACACCGAUGCGGCUCUUCACUUUGCCUUGCUUCGUCUGCAACUCAUCGAGUUGAUCCGGUCGUGUACUUCAUCUGCCACAUCGGACGUGACUCCUGCCUUGAGCUUUGCUUCAUCGCAACUCGCUCCACGUGCAGCCACGAACCCGGACUUCUUGAAGGACCUUGAGCUCACCAUGACGCUGCUUAUCUUCCUCCCGGCCACGGAGAAGCUCCAGAAAGAGCUUGCUGAGCUGCUUGAACCAUCUCUCCGUCGCGAUGUUGCCAGCAGGGUCAACGAAGCUAUCCUCACCAGCAUGGGCGCUCGUGGAGAAGCGCGUAUGAGGAGCCUGGUACGCCUGCGCCAGUGGGCUGAGACAAAGGCUAGAGAAGCCACCAUGGACAUCCCUCCUGUUAUGCCACUCGGUCUGCAAGACGCUGAAGACAAUGCGCUUGGGAACAAUGGCGAGGGUGCGGAUGUCAUGGUGCAGUAGCACAUUGGAUAUGGGAAGAACCCAUGUACUGGUGGUGCUUUAGCACAAGUGCAACCCUUAACUGGGUCUGAGAUGACGAUGCUACGAUACUUUAAUGAUCAUGAUUACCAAGCGGCAGCUGCUGCACCUCACA